AGAGGUCCUGUGUGUGCGCAGGGAGGGGCUGAGAGGAAGAGAAGAGCGAGUGGGUGGGAUCUAGACACAGGCUGGAGUAGAGAGCAUCCCUGACCGAGGCUCGGCUAACGGCUAGAAAAGCGCCUCCAGACUGAUGCUGAGUCAGGUACAGGUGGAGUCACAUCCUGUUUGGCUUGGACCCUCCAGAAAUCAUGGAGGAGCUGGAACAUACCUGUCCACUGCCACGAACGGAAGAAGCUCUCACCGGGUAUUCCCUGAAAGGACAGAUGGUCACCAUUGUCCCAAAGAUCUCAAAAGUCAAUGGAAGACUCUUAUAGAGCCAGCCUUAUUUACCCCCGAGACGAGUUGUAAGUGUCGGGCGCCACACGAGAAGUUGACUGUAGAGCAAGCUCGACUUGGAACGCCUGUAGACCGACCGGUGCGAAUCUAUGCAGAUGGCAUCUUCGACCUUUUUCAUUCUGGACACGCUCGUGCCCUGAUGCAGGCUAAGAAUCUGUUCCCAAACGCCUACCUUAUAGUUGGAGUAUGCAGUGAUGAACUCACUCACAAGUUCAAGGGUUUCACCGUAAUGACAGAAGACGAGCGGUACGAGGCGUUGAGACACUGCCGCUAUGUCGAUGAGAUUUUGCGUGAUGCGCCCUGGACUCUUACCCCAGAUUUUUUAGAAAAACACAAGAUUGACUUUGUGGCGCAUGAUGACAUCCCAUACUCCUCUGCUGGAUCUGAGGACGUGUACAAGCAUAUUAAGGAGGCAGGUAUGUUUGUGCCCACUAAAAGGACAGAAGGGAUCUCAACGUCCGACCUGAUCACCCGGAUCGUGAGAGACUAUGACGUGUACGCUAGACGCAACUUGCAGAGGGGCUACACCGCUAAAGAACUGAAUGUCAGUUAUAUUAAUGAAAAGAAGUACCGUCUGCAGAAUCAGGUGGACAAGAUGAAAGAGAAAGUGCGGACAGUGGAGGAGAAGUCCAAGCACUUUGUAUAUAAAGUGGAAGAGAAGAGCCAUGAUCUUAUCCAAAAGUGGGAGGAGAAAUCACGAGAGUUCAUCGGGAACUUCCUGGAGCUAUUCGGCCCAGAUGGGACAUGGAAGCAGAUGUUUCAGGAUCGUAGCGGACGCAUGAUCCAGGCGUUAUCUCCGCGCGGUUCACCCAGCAACAGCCCACCAAGGGAAUUUUCCCCAUCCCGCUCCCCGUCACCCCCCUCCCGCUGGGCCAUGCCCAGAACCUCACCGCCCUCGUCCCCGAAGGGUGCUUCAGCCUCCAUCAGCAGCAUGAGCGAGGGAGACGAGGAUGAGAAGUAAAAAGUGGCCCAUCGCACACAGAAUAGACUGCACUUUACCCAUUCACACGUCACAUACAUAACACACACUGGCAGCAAUGACAGGUCAAUUACCCUCAUGGGAAAAAUUUAAAGUACUGUACACAGCGCAGGGUUGUUGAAGUCCUGUUUAGUUGUGCUGGUAUUACAGCAAAAAAAAGCCAUUGCAGCCCUGAACAGAUCCUGAGAGGAGAUUUAUUAAACGGGGGGGAUUCACUGAAUAAAUUGUGGCCACAUUUGAACAAGCUGUGUGUGCUUUUCGCACCCAAAUCCCUAAAAAUGAAUGCAAAUCAACAAGGAUAUCAGUAUAAAAUAGUUUUUUUUCUGUUGAUAAUAUUAGAAUUUGUUGGAUAUUUAAUAGUGUGUGCUCACUUCCCGUGUUUUUAAAUUGUAAUUACCUUUGUCAUUAUCUAACACACACUUAAAGUUCAUAUUUAACGCAAUAAUAAUGUCAUAACUUAACGUAAUCUUAAGCAAAUCUCAAAAUAAAUGUCCAUUUGUCAUACUGUAAUGAUAAAAUGAAGUAUAGAUUAGAGUUAGUAUCAGUUAUCAGCUUUAACAAGAAAACAUUAUGAUUUGCUUAUUUUAAGUUUACUUUAAUUAGGUUAAUGACAGAGUAGAGGCCGAAAAAAGUGCGGUUAGUGAAAUAGACACUGAAAUACUGAGCGAAAGUGCCACAAGUUUAGUGAAUUCACCCCAAACGUUUAAAAGGAUGAGGACUGAUUCUGUCGUCUAUUGCUCAGGACUGCCCUACUGUAACAUACUGUACAUACACCAAUCCCUGUUCCUUGUUUUCAAGAUAAACGAUGUCUGAUCCACCUCAUGAAUAUGUAUCAGUGCACCAAUGAGGAGGCCGCUAGCAUUCGCUAACUUGUCUGUGCAUGAAUGUGUUUAAUUCUCAUUAACAGUCAUUAACUUGUGUUACUGCAGCCACAAAAUAAAGCAAUUUCUUUGCACAUGAAGUGGUACGAUCAAGAAUUGUCUUAAGAAUAAUACAGCCAAACGUUCUAGUAGCUUUUAGAUAAAUGGUAAUAAAAUGAAAAAAAAAAAGAGGGAUAUCACA